GCAAAAGCCGUUAGUUGGCACCGUUAGCGGAGAGAAAGUCGCACCGUCCAUGUCUGGGAGCCGCUGACAGCAACUACCGACAGCAAUGUCGCGAGAAAACACAACGCGAAGCUUGGACAGUAUAGACCUCGCUGCUUUGAGAGAUCCAGCAGGCAUCUUUGAGCUGGUGGAGGUGGUCGGCAAUGGAACCUACGGCCAGGUGUACAAGGGUCGCCACGUCAAGACUGGUCAGCUGGCAGCUAUCAAAGUCAUGGAGGUCACAGAGGAAGAAGAGGAGGAGAUAAAGCUGGAGAUUAAUAUGCUGAAAAGUUAUUCCCAUCACAGAAACAUUGCCACUUAUUAUGGUGCCUUCAUCAAGAAAGGGCCUGCUGGACAGGACCACCAACUCUGGUUAGUGAUGGAGUACUGUGGUGCUGGCUCUGUGACAGACUUGGUGAAAAAGACUAAAGGAAACUGCCUGAAAGAGGACUGGAUUGCCUACAUCUGCAGAGAGGUGCUGCGGGGUCUUUCCCAUCUUCACUCCCAUCAUGUGAUCCACCGAGACAUAAAGGGCCAAAAUGUUUUGCUCACGGAGAAUGCUGAGGUCAAGCUGGUUGACUUUGGAGUCUCAGCUCAGCUGGACAGGACGAUUGGUCGAAGGAACACUUUCAUCGGUACUCCCUAUUGGAUGGCUCCAGAGGUCAUCGCCUGUGACGAGAACCCAGACGCCACCUAUGAUUACAGAAGCGAUCUCUGGUCAUUGGGCAUCACUGCGCUGGAGAUGGCUGAAGGAGCCCCUCCUCUCUGCGACAUGCAUCCCAUGAGAGCUCUGUUUCUGAUUCCUCGAAACCCGGCGCCCAGGCUCAAAUCAAAGAAAUGGUCCAAGCGCUUCUUGUCGUUCGUCGACAGCUGCCUGGUCAAAAACCACGCGCAUCGGCCCAUCACAGACGCUCUGCUGAAGCACGCCUUCAUCAGGGACCUGGGAAACGAGAGGCAGGUCCGCAUCAUGCUGAAAGACCACCUGGACAGAACCAGGAAGAAGCGAGAGAAAGAGGGUCCGGAGUUCGAGUACAGUGGCAGUGAGGAUGAAGAAGAUGAGGUCACAGAGGAGGAAGGCGAACCCAGCUCCAUUGUGAACGCUCCCGGUGAAUGGACGCUGAGACGCGAGUUUCUCCGCUUACAGACAGAAGAUCGCGAAGGAGGCAGAGAAGGGGGUCACGGAGGAGGAGGAGGGGGUCACCAGCGACAACAGCAGCAGCAGUUGGCUGAGCAGGAACGAAUCAAGCAGAUUCUGGCCGACCGACAGAGACGGAUCCAGCAGCAGCAGGAGCAGCGGCAGAAGCUGGAGAGUCAGCACAAGCAGCAGCUGACGGAGUGUGCCUUUCAGUGGGCGGAGCUUCAGGAGGUUUUUAUGGGGGAGGAGUCUGACCUCCAUGACAACAGAAUCCUACUGGAUGAGAAAAGCAGGAGGUGUGACAGGAGACAGGAUCAUGCUGGCAGACAGCGGAGGGACAGCCCAUCAGUAAGGCCUCUGGACUCCUCAGCAGAGCAGAGAGCCGUGGCUCCCAACCCGCUGCUUCAGCACAAGUCCCAGCAGCCCCAGCUUCUGCAGCAAGCUAAGCCGCAGCCUCUGGCCCAGCAUCAGCAACCCUCGGCCAGCAGGAGGUCCCACCGCACCCUGCCCAAAGACCAAACCCAGCUACUGUCGCUGCAGCACGACCACAGACAAAAGGAGAAGGAGAGGCAGAGGCAGAGGGAAGCGCCGGUGGCACCUGUCCAGAAGUUAACGGUUUUUAGUGGCCACAAAGCUCCCGCUCCUUCUCGCGCCGCUGCUACUGCUGCCGCCGGCUCACCUGGCCGCCCUGCAAACACCCAGCGCACAGCGGAGCUCCAGGAAUCCCAGUUAGCCAGGGUGCUUUUGGCUGCCGGGCUUCCCAGUCAGAUGCACAGCAGGCUGGGCUCUGGAAGCAACUCCAGUCCUUGCACUCCUGCCAUGCAGAGAGCUCACUUCGGCCAGAAUGCCAAUCUGGUGUCCAGCCGCGACGUCCCUCACAGCAGCUCAAUGUCAGACAUGGCCAUCUCCCCGUUGUCCCCCUUCUCCCCGACCGACGACGUCUUCUGGGACUCGGACACCCCGCCUAAAGUCCCAGAACGCACAACUUCUAAAUUUUACUGCAGAGAGCUGGUGAUGGGACACAAGAGGACGGCUUCAAGUGGCAGUCCGGUGUCGGCAUCAGACAGGGGCGGGAGGUCUGCGUCUCAUGGAACCAGCAACCACCCAGGCCUGUUCAACCUUGAAAGUCCUCUCCUGCAGCACCGUCUGCAGCAGCACAGGAGGACUGACAACACAUCCAGCGCACCACAAGGAGGAAAAGCUGCCCUGGGGCGGCGUAACAAGGCCACCGAAUACUCCUCUUCCAGCGACGAGUUGGGCAGCAGCGACGACGAGGAAAGAAACAGGUCUGGCCUGCCUAACGGAAAAGGGAAAUACUUCAGAGGAAUACCCGACGGCAUCGUCCUGCAGCCGCACCACAACCUUAACCAGAUGUCCCGGUUGGGUUCGGACGACACCUACCUGCUGCCGGACCUCCUGCAGAAAACCUCCUCCUCCAGCCCGGCGCACAGCGCUCUGAGCCAGCAGCGCACACGGGAACUGAGCUACCCGCUUUCCCCCGUGGCUCCUGGAUCCCCCACUCUGCAGGACCUGCAUGCCGUGAGCAGUCCAUCUGGAAAAAGCACCUGCUCUUCUUCCUCCCUGUCCUUCAUCGACCCGAGGCUGAUCCCCAUAUCAUCACCACCACAGAGUCCAACGAGCAUGAAGGGCGAGCCGCUAAAGAGGGAAUUUCACAGGAAGGGCUCCGUGGUGAACGUAAACCCAACCAACAUACGGCCGCAGAGCGACACCCCCGAGAUCCGCAAGUACAAGAAGAAAUUCAACGCCGAGGUUCUGUGCGCCGGACUAUGGGGUGUGAAUCUGUUGGUGGGAACGGAGAACGGCCUGUGGCUGCUGGAUCGCAGCGGCCAAGGGAAGGUCUACUCGCUCAUCAGCAGGCGACGGUUUCAGCAGAUGGAGGUUCUGGAGGGCCUUAAUGUCCUGAUCACAAUAUCAGGCAAAAAGAACAAGCUGCGACUGUACUACCUGUCCUGGUUAAGAAACAAGAUUCUCCACAAUGACCCAGACGUGGAGAAGAGGCAGGGCUGGACCUCCGUAGGUGACUUGGAGGGCUGUGUACACUAUAAAGUGGUGCGGUAUGAGAAGAUUAAGUUCUUGGUGAUCGCGCUGAAGAACGCUGUGGAGGUGUACGCCUGGGCGCCGAAACCCUACCACAAGUUCAUGGCCUUCAAGUCUUUCAGGUCCCUGCCUCAAAAACCGCUGUCCGUUGACCUGACAGUGGAGGAAGGUCAAAGGUUAAAGGUCAUCUACGGCUCAUCGUCUGGUUUCCACGCCAUAGACGUUGACUCUGGAACGCCGUACGACCUCUACCUGCCUACGCACAUCCAGGGUCCCAUCCACCCUCAUGCCAUCAUCAUUUUGCCAAACAAAGCCGGAACGGAGGUUCUGGUUUGCUACGAAGACGAAGGCAUCUACAUCGACACGUACGGCCGCAUCACCAAGGACACGGUGCUGCAGUGGGGCGAGAUGCCCACAUCUGUUGCCUACCUUCAGUCCAACCAGGUGAUGGGCUGGGGCGAGAAGGCCAUAGAGUUGAGGUCGGCCAACACGGGGAACCUGGAGGGAGUCUUCAUGCACAAGAAGGCCCAGAAACUUAAGUUCCUGUGUGAGAGGAACGACAAGGUGUUCUUCGCUUCGGUGCAGUCCGGAGGCAGCAGCCAGAUUUACUUCAUGACGCUGGGACAGAACUCGCUGUUCAGCUGGUAACCGGUGGAUUUGUCGGCCGCUGGGGUCCGUCUCUGACUCUGGGUUUGCUUGAUGUUAAGAUUUGAUGCUGACCGACUCUGACCCUCCUGAUCAGAGGGCAGGAUUCAAGGAUUUAGCCCCCUGUCCUCCCAGUCUUAUCCCAUGUUGAUAAGCAGCAGUCCCUGGAUGGACUGAUGAUGGAUCCUUCUGCCUGGAUCCAUCAGUCCGUCCCUGGCUACAGCAGCAGAAAGGCUCUCAGACUCACAGAAAGGUAACUUUAGUUUGUCGCUUCGUCACCUGUCAGCAUGGGAUGUCAGGAGGUAAGGCUAGCAGUGCCUUUGUGAGAAAACAGCGACUCUGAACGUGCUCCGGUGUUUUAUCUCCAUGUAGCAGAAGAGAAUCUGGACUUCAUGCUGUAGCAAUUUGGAAAUACGCUCCUGGACAUCAGUUAACAUCUGAUCCUAAGUUUCCAUUUUUGUUCUCGUCCCGGAUGGAUCAGCCACUCCCCUCACCGCCUCGUGAAGGAUUCAUUUAAUGGCAUAUUUGCAAUAUCUCAAAGAUGUUUAAUAUUUCUGAAGAGUUUUAGAUAAUCCCAACAUGAUCAAUUUAUUUCAUUGAUUAAACGACCAUAUGAACUAUAUGAGGUUCAUCCUCUUUGUUAGGAAGAAGAGACAGACUCCAUCAUUCACAGAUAAAUUUGUACCCUUUACACAGAAAGAGCUCACGAUUCACUAUCAAUAAAUAAACCCUUUUUUCAUAGUUCAGCUCAAAUUCUAAUCUCUGAAAUAUGCGGCGCUGCUUAGUUUGAUUUGAAUUUAAUUUGUCUUCCCACAGUCCCGUAGCACUUUACUUGUGAGCAUUUAGUCCACCCCAGAACGUCUCCUUUUUGUUUCCGCAUAAGGAGGACCAAAACCAAACUGCUUGAAAUUUUGAGACAAAGAUGAAAAGUAGCAGCGCACUGUUGCUUUUUUUUGUUAUUGUACAGCUGAAGAUGUACAUAUUUAUCUAGAAUGCACUGUUUUCUAAAUGUUUUACAAACGACAAGCCAUCUUUAUUUACCUGUACAGAAAUAUAGGCUUAUAAAUGUGAAAAUCAACCUCAGAGCAAAGUAUUUGUAUGUUACUUCCUUGAUUUCUGAAUGUUUGUGAAUUUGAGUAAGAGCCACUGACGGCAAAGCUCUUUUUCUAGUUCCACCAACCUCUUUAAAACAUUCAUGCGUUAAUUAAUCCUUUUAUUUUUAUUUUUUUUGGUUGACUUUCUCCUGAUGUGUAUAAAUCAGGUGUUUUGCACAAUAACCAUGAUGAAGCCGUUUUCUAUUAUAUAUCCUGCGUUGGAAUGAAUUCAUGUUUUUAAAGCAGACAUAUUAAGCCAUUGGAGUUCCUGUUAUCCGUUUACUUUAGAGCAGUAUUUGUUACACUGUUAAUUAUGGCACGUAUCUUUGUUUCUGACAGGAUUCUUUUGUUACUUUUGAGCCUCACAACUUACUUCCUUCCAUCGCCUUGAAAUGCUAACAGUUAAGUUGUGAAAGUGUUUUAUCCUAUUGUUUUGAGUUCAGAAAUAACUGAGUUUAACAUCAAUGAUUGACCAAUGAUAACUAGGUAAUUUGACAAGUUAUGCAACUUAAGGGCUGAGAUCAGUUCAAAGAACAUUAUGAGAUUGG